CAUCUCCUCUGUUCAGUAGCCUGCUGCAACUCUCAACCCAGACUGUUAUUAAAAGCUAAUUUUUUUAUUUUUUUUUUCCUCCUGCUCUUCCCCCGGGGUGAGUGGAGUCCCGUGUUGGGGUGUCUGUGGUGGCGGUUCCCGUAUCGGGGAGGUGUUUGCGUUAUCAGCACGCGGAGUGAGAUUUUUCUUGAAACCACCCGUUUUCACUUCUGCAGCAGCCUGUGGCUGGUGGGCUCUCCUUCCUGCUCCUUCCCCGCUAUGUCUUCUCUAAAGAGAGACGCAAACCCCGACCUGCCCCGUCCCCAGUUGAGAGCCAACGCCGAAUACGCUGCCUGGCGCGGCGAUCCAGACGGGGCCCUGUCCCUCACCGAGGUGACAAAGGGACGAGCAGCCGAGGUGCGAGCCUGGUGGUCCGGUGUGUGGCAGGAGGUGUCCUCUCCUGGAAGCGUUGGUCCACGCGCAGUUUUAGUUCCUGCUCUGCCUGGUGCAGAAAUAAGAGUGACCCAAAGGCCAGGGACACACCUUCCCUCUCCCGGGGACCCCGGUGGCCACCUGCCUUUGGGCUCCUGUCCCAGCGCUCGGCUUGCCUUUCUGCCUGUCUUUUCGUCUGUGGGUCGGUGCCUUCCUGACCUCUGACUCCGGCACAAGGUCCCCUGAUGGAUCCUGGGCACUUGCAGGUGCCGGUUCUGCUCCUUGAGGAUAAACUAAGAUAUUUCCAGAUGAUUUCCUGAACUAUUUGCGCUGCAUAUCAGCACUGAAAUCUCUUCCCUUUACCGUACCACACCGAUUUAGCAGAAUGUCGUUAUUCUAAUGGUUCCUGCCAUCUCCUCUGCCAGCCGGAGGUGGACAUUGGAUAGAUCCUAGGAGGGAUAAACCCAAAAGUGCUGUAAACCCUUCCAGGAGGAAGCUUCCAUCUCUGGCGUGUCUUGUCUUUCCAGCAGAAGCUUUGAAGCUGUUAAAUCGCAAGCCCAGUUUGUUACAGCCCAAAGUUAACAUUUUUAUGAAGACGCUUGUGAAUUUUCUGUAAGCUUUCGAUGUGAAAGAUGCCUCUGCGGGACGCGGCCUCUCCCGUGGAAACCGAACAGAAAUGUUUGCUGGGCCUCACUGGGGAGAGACCUGGGAAUUGCUGCUGUAUUUCAUUAAACCACAGACUGAUUAUAAACGCUGCUGCUUAUGUGCUACGGGUAUGAACUAGAAUUUUUUUUUUUAUUUUAUUUUAUUUUGUCUGCAGGAAAAAUAAAAAGCAAAAAAAAAAAAAAAAAAAGAGAGAGAGAAGGAGAGACCCUUCUGCUGGUUCGACGGAGCGCGAGCGCCUGGGGCGUGCGUGGCCCUGGGCAGCAGCACGGGGUGGGCGCUUGUCCCAGAGGGAAUUUGGGGAAGGGUCUCCCUGGGUUCCCGGGGUACGACUGCGUCGGGCGCAGCCUGGCUGCCCUUCUCCGAUAAGAGCAUCCAGAAGGUUUGGGAAAACAGAAGAUACAAAAUCUCCGCAUUGGAAAGGUGAUGAAAUAAUUAAUAAAAAGAGGAGGAGGAGGAGGGGAGGAUUUAAGUCCCAUCGAGGUGAACUCAAGAGGGAUUUUUAUGACGUCUGCGAGGGUUAGGGCUGUCCCUAAAGCUCCGCUUUCCCUGUCCGGGAGAGAAACCUCUUGAGGAGACAGGGCUGCUCCAAAAGCUGGACCUGGAAGCUGCUGCCCCUUCAAAGUGCUGACCUAAUAGUGCGUGCGAUUAACUCGGAGUUUUCCUUAUUAAUAUAAUACUAAAAACAAAAUUUUAAAGGGGAUUCGUAACAUUUCUGGACCCCUCCUGGAAGAGAGGAGCCGUGAGGGAUUUCUCCCCUUUACAGUGAUCGUAAUUUAAUCUGCUUUCAUCUCUGAGAACGACACAACAGCUCAAACCCCGUCUCCUCUGCGCUUGCUGCAACCAUCCGAGCGUCAAAAUCCCUCUGAUGAUUCCCAAACUAAUACCUUUCAUACUGUUCCCGGUGUUCCCCAGAUACUAAGAAACAUAUUCAGUUCUCGCAUGCUUUUCCAGGGAUUUGGGCUAAAGCGGGCAGCUUAGCCCCGCAGAGCUCAGCUGGAAGAGCUCUGUUUGCCCUCCGGCACUGCCGCAUCCCGGCUCCAGCAUCCAGAAACACCAUCCCGAGAGCAGCCGCUCCGUCCACCUUCCCCGGGGAGCCGGAGCUGCGGGAUCCUCCUCUCCUUUCAUCGCUGGAGCUCCCUCGGUAUCUGGUGUCUUCAUCUGUCCCUGUCCCCCUCCCAACAGAAGGAAUCCCUUCCGCAAAGCUUCUUCGGGAGACUUUUCCAUCGUCUUCGCAGCGAGUUAGACCUGUUUAUCGGAGCGAAGAUCCGGAGCGAUAAUGAGCCAGCGGGGACUUCGGCGUGAGCAGCUGCUGCCUCCGCCAAGGAGUUCCUGCAGCCGCAACCAAGCUGAAGGCUUCUGGCAGAUGGCAGAGUAAGAUCCAGCCUUUUAAAACUUCUCCUUUAGGGCCAAAUAGGGUUUUUCUUCCAAAGAUUUAAUUGCUGUGGUUGGUCUUGCCCCGCUACGCUGAGCUCACCGUACCCGGGGAGGUGGUAGGAGGACGCCAAGGUUGAGUUUGACCCAAGGUAGGCGGCGCGCCCAGAUGUUCUCUGCCGAAAACCGUCGUCUCGUGGUGGAGGCCCCUUGGAGAGGAGAAACGGCUGCAAAAAAUCGGCGAUGAAGAAAGUCCCGCUCGAUGCCGGGGGGGUCCUGGAGGGUCCCACGGGGGUGGAGGAGCCAAAGGAAAGGGGCAGGUUGGAGUCGGGUUGGGGACUCGUGUUGGACAUCCUCCAACAACAGCCGCCUUUCGCAUGCUCUUCCAAUGCUCAACAAGCCCAAAUUGCGAUAAAAUUACUGGAGUGUUUUCUCUCAUUAAUUUUCAGUUAAUUUCAAGGCAAUCGGGUACCAGCCGUUAAUUCAGCGGGGAUGGCCGCUCGCCUGAGGGCUGCCCGGGAAACGGCGUGGGGAAAAAGGGCACCGAGAUUUAAACGG